AAAACGGAGGCGAAAUCACACCAACACUCUUCAAGAGCUAGCCAUGCUUCUGCCUAUCCCCCUGCAGUCCAGCAGCAAAAAACUCACCAAGAGAUAGCUGAAUGUGACACUGCUCAUGCAACACACUUCCUGGAGGAUGUAGUUGACAGUCUGGGAUCUGGAGGCUGGAGAUCUGGCCCUGUGGGGCGACCCUUAGGCUGUCGCUUCUUCUCUGAGCCUCCAAAUCUGUGUCUUGCGCCAAGUGUCUUUUGGGGUUCGUUCUCGUACUAAUUGUGCCCUGUGACGUGCUGGAAGAAGAGACGAUGGAUGGAUCGGAUGGCACUGGAACAUUGGAUGAGCUGGCCCUGCAGGAGAAGGCACCAUGGUUCUGCUUGGCCCUGGCCUUGAGCUUUGCAGGCACUGCCAUGUCAGGGGAGCCAUGGAGGCAUCCAGGGAUGGGACAGGCAACCACAGGACUGGUAGCUCUUUAAAGUCCUCAAGCUAAGACCAAUGGACAGCUUAGUUGUGUGGCUCUACAAGCGACUCCUGGCCCAGACUCCAGAAAGUCCCUUCCAAUGCUUAAGAUAUGAGAUGUGGUUAUUGGCUGAUGGCCAGCUCUCCCCUUUACUUCCUCUGCCAAACUGGCUGCUCCUCCCAGACCAACGCCUUCCCGGCCAUCUGCCAGGCCUGAACACCCACCCUCUUUAUCUGGGCUUCUUCAGAUCCCUCGUUUCUUCCAAACUUUUCUGUUAGGUUAAUGCCUCUCCCUGAAAUUUCCUUGUAUUAAUUGUGUAUGGACAUCUGUUUCUGUGUCGUCUCCCCUGAUAGAAUGGAAGCUCCCUGGAAGGCAAGGACUGUGCCAUUUUCCUCUCCUCUCCCAGUUUCUAGCAGGUGCCAAUUGAAUACUUGUUGAUCCGUUUUCCUCCAGUCCCUUUCAGCGCUACCAUCCUGGGAUUCGGUGACUUCUUGGUGCCUCCAGGCCCAUUCUCUCACCCAGCUUGCCACUUUAAGGCCUUCUUUGACCCCCUAGGUGUUUCUCUGUCUCCUCAAAUGCACUAUCUCCAAAAGAGAACUCCCAUGUUUCCCUGGGUCUGUGGGGAAACCUCCUCUAACCAUGGCUCUUCUCCUUCAGCUCCCUCAUCUUGUCAAAGUAUAGUGGUUUUUCAAAGGGCCUCUCUCAGAUUUGCCUCCUCCUUCCCUUGACCCCCACUGCCAACCAUUCUGGUGUAAAUUUAAGGCUGCAGCACCUUCCAUGUGAACUCUGCCAAGUCGUGAGUCUGGCAGGCACGUGGCAGAGUAAGGGAGGGAUGAUCCAGAGGCCAGAAAAUCUUGGCUCCAGCCUGGCUCUGCAUCCCCAUCCGUGGCCAUUGGGAAGCUUUCAUUUCCUACCUGAAAAGGGAGAUUAAGUGAGAUGAAUUGGGGCUUUCCAGCUGCUACGGAUGAUGAUUUUGUGGUCUCCUUGAUUUUUCUGAUCUCUCCUGGUCAGCCCACCAGAUAACUCUGAACCACAGCCUCCUCCCCCUCAUCCAGCCUCACCAGCCCCUCUGGAGGCCACAGAGCCUACAUCACGCAGAUGGCAGCCCCUGACCAGACUCGCCCCCUCUCUGCCCUCUCACGUGCCAGGCUCCUUCCAUACUCUCUCUUAGAUUUUUUUCUCUAGCUUGGAACACUGUCUUCACAAUGCAGAUCCUUCCUGGCUCAGCUUCUCUGGCCAUUUCUUCCCUCUCUAACUCCCCACAUCUGCUGAGAAAAGUCCUCUGGUCCAACCUCUGCCUGGAGCAGGAAUGCCCAACUCUCUAGGGAACAAGUGGUCAUCCAGUCCUUUCCCAAGAGCCUUCGUGAUGGCACUUGGAGUUGGGCCAGCCAAUCGACUUCAGCAGAUGUGUCUUGUAUGGACUGGGCAAGGUCCCCCAUUUCCUGGGCCGUUCUUCCCUGGGUAACCCUGAGGGAGGCCCUCAUCAGUCUCUAUUUCACCCUCCAAGGCUAAGCAGAAGCAGCGACAAUGGGCAGACAUUUAAUGACAAAUCUUAUUAGAGCCUGAAGGGACUUUGCCCUUUCGUGGGCAGAUGAGGAAACUGAGGAAGAGACCUGCUGCCCAACAUCCCCCAAGUGAUAGGGAAUUUCAGCUCUUCCUGUCUCCGGGUCUGGGUUCUCUCCACAUGGCCACUUGGUUGGCUGAGAUCUAUUUCAUUUGGACACUGUCCAGUGAAGCUUCCUCCAUCCCACACCCCCUAGUCUAGACAUGAAUGGGGGUGUUCUUCGGCACCCCUUGAGGCAGAGGUCUUUGUGGAUGUUCCUUGGUAAGUUGGGGCUCAAUGAUACCGAGCCCGAGGAGACCCGGGAGGAUGGCUGGGGCAAGCCUCCGCUGAGGAAGCCUCCACUGGCUCCAGGGCUCCAAGAGGGCCAUGGUGGGGAAGCUCCUCCUGAUUCCCAGAUCCCACGUGGACCCUCUGUUUCUUUUUGGCACAGAAGGAGAUCCUCCUCCAUGUCCUGCACUACAUAGAGCACCUGCAGAGAAGCAUCGACAUGGCCAAGUCUCUUCUCUUAUUCCAGCCCACAGACAAAGAAGAUCGAAGGGCUCAUCUAUGCCUGCCCCUGGGCAGAAGCCCCUCCCAGCCGGGAAAGCAGCCUCUGGAGGAAUCGGCCCCAAACAGAAGCAGAGGAGCAGCUGUGGGGGGAGUCGCUCUCGUCAGGAGACACCCCACCCCUUGCCAUCACUUGGAGUCUUGGUUGCCCCCAUCUCAUGGCGGAGCUGAGCUCACCCUUCUGGAAAUGGCUGAAGGCGGGGUUCACUUCUGCUUAGCAACCUGCUGUGGAGAAGCCAGUGUCCAGGAAGAGCAUCCCUGCCCCCCCUGUGAGACCCCGAAGGCAGCUGGUGAUGAGUACCUGCCACCUCAGCCCUGGAGUAAGCCUCUUCCCAGGCAGGAGCUGGUGUUCUAUGACUCCUGUGAGGAGGAAGAGGAGGCGGCAGUGGACACAGGGCCUUGGCUCUCAGCCUGGCCCCCCGAGGGCAGCCCCCUUGGGAGCCCCUUGGUGGAUUCUCCCCGGAAAAGGAGCUGGCCUGGAUCUGGCCAACCUGGCGAGGAGCUCGGUCUCAGCCCCUCACUCUUCACCUCUCCGGGCCGACUGCUGCCCGAGAAGCUCCUUCAGGAGGGCGCCGAGAGCCUUACCCAAGCUCUCUUUGAAGACGUCUGCCUGAGUCCACAGUCCUCCACUUGCUUGGACGGCCUGGCCGGCACCCCGCAGAAGAAGGACCCGGCCCCCGCGGACCCUCCCCACUCCCUCGACCUCUUCCAGUCGGCGUUCUCCCUUGACCACUGCUACCUCUCCCUGAGCGAGACCAGCAAGACUGACUCCAGCCCCAGCUCCGGGGUGACUGAGCUCGUGUCCCUGUGGAACAGACGGCAGGAGGCCUCCCAGCCCACCCCAGACGGCUUCCUGUCCUCCAGCGACGAGGACAGCGACUGCACCUGGACCCCAACCAAGCGGGCCUUGCCCCUGCCCACCUUCGGGAGGAAGCGGAAGCGGAGCCGCGCCAGCGGCAACAGCAGCAGCACCAGCGGCUCCGGGAGGCACAAGGAGACCAAGAAGGCGCACUGCCCUUUCCAGCUGAAGAAGAAGUGCGUCAACGGCUUCAUCAUGUUCUGCCGGCUCAACCGCAAGCAGUACAUCCGAGCCUGCCCUGGCACUGCAUCCACCGCGGCCACCAAAGAGCUGGCACAUUUGUGGCGAGUGAUGACCAAGCAGGAGAGGAGGCCCUACUGCAUCAAGGCCCGGAAGUUCAGCCGCCAGCACAACCGGAUUGUCCGGCAGGACUGUUCCAGCGAGGAGGACGACCGUUUGUCCCCCAAGCCCUUCCACUUGCUGCUGGCCGAGAAGGCCCUGUGCUGCCCAGGCCUGGCCUGCAUGGGCUCCCCCCUGGGGGACCCCCUCCCUGACAGCCUGCAGUCUGUGUGAAGCAGGGCCGGCCCCCGCCCCCCCCCCCCCCCGACCUCGGUGUGGCCAAUGGGGAGGGGCAUGCAGCUCUCCCCUCAUCCUGGGGCCCCACCCUCAGCCCAUCUACCGGGGAGUUGUUGGCCUCUGAGCCUAUGGGUGGGGGACGGGCCGCCUGCGCCCCUAUUUACCCAGCAAGCAAAGGGAGGGCAGAGGAUGCCCUGGGCCAGAGGGCAGCAAAGUCAGCCCCCCCUUCCUCAGUCUGACCCUCGGGAAUUAAAUGUUGAAAACCCAAUUGUGCUCUCGCUCCCCUCCCCCACCCCAGUUAUAUUUAUAGAUUAUCGGCUGUUCUCAAAAUAAAAUCGCUCCUGUUCUUGGACUUUCCCUGGAG